GUAGCUUUUCUUGAAGUAUGUUACAUGCCGCUUCCUUCUUCCUUUUCCCGUCUCUACGUAAACAGGGUUGAUAUUCAGUGUUUGAGUUGAAGAUGGAUGACACAGAAACUGACACUCCUCCCAGCAGAGGAGGAUUCGUAGAUUUAGGGAAAGAUAAAAGGCCAGACAAACAGGUGGCUCAUGUAAGAGCAGGUCCAGAGAAUGAAUAUCCAAUGGACUAUAGAUACAUGGGAAAAGCAAUCAUAUUCAACAUCAUGGAGUUUAAAGGCAGUGGCAUUAAAAGGAAAGAUGUGGAUGCUGCAAAAUUAUAUGGAAAAUUGGAAGAUCUAAAGUUUCAGGUGUCGCUAAAAAACAAUUUUUCAGCUGAGGAGAUAAAAGAUUGUCUUGCAAGAGUUGCUAAGGAAAAUCACCAAGAUAUGGCAUGUUUUAUGUGUAUCAUAUUGACCCGUGGGAGGGAAGGUCUCAUCCUUGGUAAAGAUCGGUCUAUCCCAGUGGAAGAGUUGCUUCAACCUUUCAAAGGAAACAAAUGUCCCUCCUUGGCUGGAAAACCCAAGAUUUUCCUCAUUCAGGCAGAUCAGGAUAUUACAUUUGAAAAAGAAAGUGCAGAUUUUUUUCCACUGGGAACAAAAUAUAAACCUGAAGAGACGAAGAAAUACCGUAUUCCAGCAGAGGCCGAUUUUUUGGUAGCCACCUCUGUGAUUCCAGGAAAAUGGUCAUGGGACAUAACUUUGCCUACAGCAAGUCAUUUCAAAAAAUACAAAAAUGCCUCUUGUUUCAUACAUCAUCUUUGUGAGAUGCUUGAAAAGGAAAGCGAGCAGGAGGAGGAGAGUGAGAGGUUGGACCUUUUAACCCUGUUUAUGCGUGUAUCCCAACUGGCGACUUGUGAUGUCCAGCAGGCUCUUGGGGACACCCAUAAAGCUCUCUUUGAGGAAUAUGAUUUAAUACCAUGUGUCACUUCAACACUGACCAAGGACAUUAUAUUUCCUAUCAGUGAUUAGAUCACUUAUUGACAAUUAAGACAUCAGAACACAAAGAAUAUGUUUUCUCAAAAUAAAAUCAAUAUUGACUUAUAAUAAAAAAUGACAGACAAAACUCAUUAUGAUUUUUCUAUGGAGGCAAACUGAUUUUAUUUUCCCUUAAAGCAUCUGUCCCAUACAUAUAUAACUGGCAUCAUACUUUUAAAAUCAUGAAAAUAUAACAUUACGGUAUUUGUGGAAACCAGGAACACCAGAUUUCCUCCCUACCACCUAUUGUAAACUGUAUAAAUACUCACAGACACCACGAUUCUACUGUGACUUGACAAAUCAAUGAGGAAUACCAACCAGAUUUCUUAGCAUCCAUCUCUGCUUUGUCUAUAGUAUCCCUUCACAAACAGGAAUUGCACAUUACACAUUAUUUUUGUCUAGUUGUACAUUUACAAGGACAUAAAGUGUUUUCUGUGCAAAAUAUAGUACAUUAAUAAAAGCUACUAAAUUUAUGCCUUUUGCAUAAUACAUAAAAAAGCUUCAAUCAAAUAUUUUAAACACUGAGACAAAAAAAAUUUAAUGUCUCCAAUAUUAAUUUUAGACCACGUCAAAACAGCCUUACGUGAAUUUUAGAACUGGUGAAGAAUCAUGCAAGCAUGUCAGUUGACAAAUAUAUUUUGUACUCCUCUUUAUGCAAUAAAUUUGUACAAAACCCUAUAGUGUGUGUUGUGGUCCUCUUACUGAUCUUAUA